GUCAAUGAGAGUGCACUAUUAUUGUUUUUGCUUUGAUGACAUUGGAUACUGAUUGCUUUUAGAUCGGGCGAGACGCCUUCUUUGAUAUUACUCCCCGCUUGACCACUGUAUUGGAAAAGGAUAGCGUACGGUGCUUCCUCCCCUUGUUUGUGCAAUGUGAGUCGAUCAUGACGUAUCAGUGUGCCAUCACCUCAGAAACCUUAACCCACAUGGUCAGGCAUAAUGCCUUGCGAUGCGCAAAAGUUGUAUUGGAGGGCAAGGCAGCAGAACUCCGUUGUAAGCACGCUAAUCCAAACUGCAUGAAUCCGUAUGGAUAUUUUGCACUCCAUGAAGCUGCUGAACGGUUCUCUGCUGACAUGACCAAGUUGCUCUUCCGCCAUGGUGCUUCAGCAAAUGUACGCACAGCCAGCGAUGCCGGAAUUCAGGGACUACUACCGCUUGAUGUUGCGGUUGAAAAUGCUUGCAUGCACAAGUAUCUGGAGGACAAUCUAUCUCCGACUCCAAUGCAGUAUCAUGAGGAUUACAUCUACAAGCUCAUUCAUCUCCUCUGCCUACCUGAGAUGAAGGUUUUCUUGGAUACGAUUAGACUUCUUGCCGAGAAAACAGAUAAUCUUGUUGAUGAGCUCUGGAAUUACAUGAAGAACGGCAAGCUUGUACAGACCGCAGUUUUACUCCUGGCAGCUCAAAAACAUAUUCGCAAGAUCAAACCUGAUGGAUUUUGUAUUAUCACGCACCAUUUAUUUAAAGAGUAUGCUAAUUCCCUAAGAUGUGCCAAAGGUGAUACUGGAGAGGCGCAGAAGCAGCUGGAGGAAAGGGAAGCACUUCUGAGUUGUAAAUCCGAGCUUUUUAGUAUAAUUUUGCUAGCUGGUGAGGCUCUUGAUAACUACAUUCAAGCACAUUCAGAGGUGUCCCAUGCGGAGGUUCUUGCACGUGUCUCAUCUAUUCUUAAGGAAUUCGGGUUUUGCCCUAAGGAAAAAUGCAUUGACAACAUAAAACUGUACUGCUCCUUUUGUAUUCAAAAUCAUAAUUUUUUGUAUGCAAAUGCAUAUUUAGUUUGUUGAUUAUUUGAUUAUUUCUUCAACUUGUUUUGGAAGGUCUCCUUAUAUGUACGGGACGUCUUACUGUGACAUAUUUCACAAAGGUGUGUG